ACUCAAAAAACAGUCCUAUCUGGUGCACACACAGAGACAGGAAACAAUCACCCACCAACACACAGUGAAACCCAGGCCACCUAAGUAUGAUUCUCAAUCAGAGACAACUAAUGACACCUGCCUCUGAUUGAGAACCAUACUAGGCCGAAACAUAGAAAUUCCCAAAACCUAGACAAACAAACAUAGACUGCCCACCCAACUCACGCCCUGACCAUACUAACUAAAUACAAAAACACAGAAAAUAAAGGUCAGAACGUGACAGUACCCCCCCCCCCAAAGGUGCGGACUCCGGCCGCAAAACCUUGACCUAUAGGGGAGGGUCUGGGUGGGCGUCUGUCCGCGGUGGCGGUUCUGGCGCGGGACGCGGACCCCACUUCACCAUUGUUUUAGUCCGCCUCAUUUUCCGCCUCCGUGGCUUUCUCACCAUGGCAACCCCUCUCAAUGACCCCACUGGACAGAGGGGCAGCUCGGGACAGAGGGGCAGAAGCUCUGGACAGAGGGGCAGGGGCUCUGGCGCCUCUGGGCUGAGGGGCUCUGGCGCCUCUGGGCUGAGGGGCUCCGGCAGCGGCGCCCGGACAGGCGGGAGGCUCCGGCAGCGGCGCCGGACAGGCGGGAGGCUCCGGCAGCGGCGCCGGACAGGCGGGAGGCUCCGGCAGCGGCGCCGGACAGGCGGGAGGCUCCGGCAGCGGCGCCGGACAGGCGGGAGGCUCCGGCAGUGGCGCCGGACAGGCGGGAGGCUCCGGCAGCGGCGCCGGACAGGCGGGAGGCUCCGGACAGGCGGGAGGGAGGCUCCGGCAGCGGCGCCGGACAGGCGGGACGCUCCGGCAGCGGCGCCGGACAGGCGGGAGCACCUGCAGGGAGGAGACUGAGAGACAGCCUGGUGCGUGGGGCUGCCACAGGAACUACCAGGCUGGGGAGACUUUCAGGAGGCUUGAUGUUAGGAGGAGCCUGAAAGAUCGGGCUGUGGGGAGCACUGGAGCUCUGGUGCGCAACCUUGGCACCACUUCCCCAGGCUGGACAACUACUCGAGCCCGGACCCUCCAGAGUGCAGGCACAGGUUGAACCGGGCUGUGGGUAAGCACGGGAGAUCUAGUGCUUACUACACGCACCUCUCCCCUAGGCUCCACUCCCACAGUUGCCCGGUACGAGCGGAGCGCAGGCAGAGGACGCACUGCACCCUCCCAGCGCCCCGGAGACACAGCACGCAGAGCCGGCGCAGGAUAACCUGGACCAAG